GUUAAGUUCUUACUGAUGAGAACAACGUCCCAGUCACUUUGAUCUUCAAAUUCUCUGUCAUCAAACGGAGGAGACCCAAGAAUCGAAUCGGAGUUUAGAAUACAGGGAAUUUGGGGAGGCCUUUGGCUUUGCUUUCGUUUCGUCUCUCUCACCCUUUUUCUCUCUACUCCAAACCCUUUACUUUCUCUCUCUUUGUUGAGAGUGCAGAAUUUCAAAACCCAAAAAAAAAAAAAAAAGCAUUGCACAGCGCCAUAGCCAAAACCAUAUUAUUAUAUUGUGCUAGUAGAAUAUAGAUUAGUUUACCUUGGUAUUUGGUUUUAUAUAUAAAUAUAUUUGGUUGAAUAGGAGCGAAAAGGGUCUUUUUCCUUGAACUUCUCUUGACAAAGGGUCUUUGAAUGAGGUGCAGAGAUAUUUCCAGCUUUUGAGGUCUCGCCGUCUUUACGGUACAAAUUGUUGGCGCAUUAAAGUCGUGCUUUUACUGAGCCUAAGUAUAGUUUUGCAGAGUACAGAUAGAGAGUGUCCUAGCUGAAGAGUUUGCCAUUAUUUCAACGCAUUUAAAGGGCUUUCAUUUCAGCUAUAUAUAUAUAUUGCUCUUCUGCAAAAAUCUUUGAAGCAAGAAAAUCUUAUUACUCUCUGCUUUUCUUGCUUAUUUUUUUCUCUCUCUAAACAGUUCCAUCGUUCACUGCUUGUGCUUUUUAAUAAAGCCGCCUGUUUUAUUACCAUUCCGAAAGCGAAGUAAGAAAAAAAAAAGGUUAUAAAUAUUAAGUAUUUUAGACAGAGACAACAGGGUUAUUGAAAAUACACAGACUCAUCUGGAGGACAGAUCUGUGUGCUUUGGUUGCUUCAAUCUUUAAACGAAAGAGACAUCUCAAACAAGGAAGUUGAAAGUGAUCUACCGGGAUUUCGACGUUGCCUUUAGUGAAAAACGGAGACAAUGUUGCCUCAGAAGCAAGCAGAGGAAGCAAUAGUUCCCAACUUCAAUGAGACAGAACAUGAGGGCAAAGAGGAAGAGAGAGAUGAAGAACAUUCUAUGCUUAGCGUCAAGAACCUCCUCUGGCAUGGCGGCUCUGCCUGGGAUGCUUGGUUCAGCUGUGCUUCUAAUCAAGUAGCACAAGUGCUUUUGACUCUACCCUAUUCGUUCUCUCAACUGGGACUGCUAUCAGGCAUAUUGCUUCAGGUAUUCUAUGGACUUAUGGGAAGCUGGACCGCAUAUUUGAUUAGUGUACUGUACAUAGAGUACAGAAGCAGAAAGGAGAAAGAAAACGUCAGCUUCAAGAACCAUGUCAUUCAGUGGUUUGAAGUGCUAGAUGGCCUACUGGGUCCGUACUGGAAAGCAGUGGGGCUUGCUUUCAACUGUACUUUCCUCCUAUUUGGAUCUGUCAUUCAGCUUAUAGCUUGUGCAAGUAACAUUUACUAUAUCAACGACCGAUUGGACAAACGGACUUGGACUUACAUAUUUGGAGCUUGUUGUGCCACCACAGUGUUCAUACCUUCCUUUCAUAACUACCGAAUUUGGUCAUUUCUAGGCCUUGGAAUGACCACUUACACUGCCUGGUAUUUGACCAUAGCUUCUUUUACUCAUGGCCAGGCUGUGGGUGUGACACAUUCAGCUCCAACAAAGCUAGUGCUAUACUUCACCGGAGCUACAAACAUACUCUACACUUUUGGUGGCCAUGCUGUGACUGUGGAAAUUAUGCAUGCCAUGUGGAAGCCACAGAAAUUCAAGUACAUAUACCUAAUAGCCACAUUAUACGUUUUCACACUAACGAUUCCGUCAGCCUCUGCCGUUUAUUGGGCCUUUGGUGAUGAGCUUCUUAACCAUUCCAAUGCCUUCUCUAUGCUACCAAAAACUCGCUUCCGUGAUGCCGCCGUUAUCUUGAUGCUCAUCCACCAGUUCAUAACAUUUGGGUUCGCAUGUACUCCAUUGUACUUUGUAUGGGAGAAGGUGAUAGGGAUGCAUGACACGAAGAGUAUUUGUUUGAGAGCACUAGCAAGGCUGCCAGUGGUGAUACCAAUAUGGUUUUUGGCGAUAAUCUUCCCAUUUUUUGGGCCCAUAAACUCUGCUGUUGGGGCUCUAUUGGUUAGCUUCACUGUCUACAUCAUCCCCUCUUUAGCUCAUAUGCUCACCUAUAGAAAAGCCUCAGCCAGACAGAAUGCGGCAGAGAAACCUCCUAUCUUUUUACCAAGCUGGACUGCUAUGUAUGUGAUAAAUUCGUUUAUAGUGGUGUGGGUUCUAGUGAUUGGAUUUGGGUUCGGUGGAUGGGCCAGCAUGACCAACUUUGUCAAGCAAGUUGAUACAUUUGGGCUCUUUGCCAAGUGCUAUCAGUGCAAACCUCCAACACCACCAGUAGCUCCAGCUCCUCAUCAUUGAAGCUGAGUCUGAACAACAUGGCCCAACCUCUCUCUCUCUCUCUCACUCACUCUCCAUGUUUUGUAUCAUACAUGGGGAAGUAGUAAUAUUUCCCCAACAUGUGAUGUGUGCUGGUUUUUGCAUUUUUUUUUUCUUGGGGAUCUUCUAUUUUUUUCUUCUUCUUAAUUUAGUUGAUAAUAUAGUGUGUUUACGAUGAUUCCUUUGCUAUCAAAGCAUAGGUUUUAAUUAAAUCAGAUAUAUAUGUUUAGGUUUUUUUUUUUUUUUUUUGCUCUCUCUCUUUCUUUUUUUUACCUUUUUUUUUUCUUUGUUGGAAUAUUAUAUAAGAUUUCGUUGGUUCUUCGC